AUGAAGGAGGAUAUCCGGAAGGGCGAGGAGUUUGUGGGGAGUGGUGCGGGGGACAUCAAAUCAGGUAAUAUCGAGUCAUUCGCAUACGUUCCAUUAAAUCGCACCUACAUAAACCUCCAUAUCGGUCGUCAAACUUUACAUCGUUUUAAAGUAAUUCAGAGCAAAUUCUUUGAAAGCGAAAAGGCGAUGUGCUAA